GGGGCUUGUGACGGCGAGAGAUGCAGGUUGUGACGGCGAGAGGAUGCCAGGGCUGCGACGGCUGGGCGCUUCGAUGGCAGGGGCUUUCGACGGCGGGUAGAUAUAUAGAUAGAAGUGCGUGCAGUGGGUGGAUGAUGGAGAGGAUAAACACAAAGUUGUACUUGGAGAACUGCUACAUAAUGGCGGAGAACGAGAGGCUGAGGAAGAAAGCGGAGGUUCUGAACCAGGAAAACCGGGCCCUUCUCAACCAGCUCAAGAACCGCCUCUCCCCACAACCCCCCGCCGCCGCCGCCACCAUGAUGAACAAAAACAAGAACAAGAACGCUUCCAUUCCGGACCUCAAUCUUGCCGCCUCCGCCGCUGCCUUCUCCGAUGCUGCUGCUUCGUCUUCUUCCAAGUCCGUUGUUCUGAACUCAUGUUUUGGACAAACUAGAUCAGAUGCCUGGUCCAUCAACCAACCAGAUCCCUAUAAACCAUUGGCUAUCCGAAAGGAGUUAUGGACCCACGGGCCAACAUUAGAUCGGGAGGAAUUCAGGGUCGAGAGUAUGGUGAGAUCAAGUGUUAAGGAUAUAAGACUUCAUGUGUAUCACAAGGGUUUUGAGUCGACUUAUAAACAAUGGAUAUGGCAUGGGGAGACUGAAAAUGUUGGUUCAACAUUUAGUGGACGGGUGGAUGACGACAAUGACAAUAUCGAUGGUUUCCGGGCUGAAGGGAACAACGAAUUUGAGGAUAAUUCUGGCAUGGCCCAUGACUUUGAAAAUGUUAUUGAUGAUGAAGAGCGUAACAUACACUUGUAUGGCUACAUGAGGACCCACGACAUUCAGAAUGUCGGGUUAGUGUGUCCGGACGAUCUCCAGCUUAUGGCAAAAAAUGGAAACCGUAAACCAGUGGAAAGGAUGUUGUUAGAUCAUAAAGAAAAAUCUUGGGUUCUUCUUCCAUUCUUCUGUGAGAGAACCAUUGGGGACGGGGACUUCCAAGAAUCUUACACUGAAGAGUUACAUAAACGAAGCUUGGAGGAUCCUUCGAGUACAGGGGAUGGGUUUUCUUAAAAUGAAACCCACGUGGACUGAUGUCGGUAUCGUACCACAACAACCCGGUGGAACAGAGUGUGGGUAUUAUGUCAUGAGGUUUAUGUGGCUAAUCAUCAGUCUUUGUGCCCGUGAAUCCGUUCCAAUAGAAACGGUGUUCAACUCUUUUGAUCCGUAUACGAUUGAACAACUUGAAGAGUUACGAGAGAUGUGGGCAAACACCUUUCUAGAUGAGUUAGUGAAUUAGCCACUCUAUCCCUAGUGACAAACAAAUUUAGUUUAAUUUGGUAUACUUUUUAACCCGUUUUGUUAGUUGGACACAACUUUGUGUUGUAAGUUGUGUAGUAUGUUAAAUCCUUUUACAUUUUGGUGGAUUUAUACAAUGAAAUUUAAAUUGUCCU